UCUUGCCUGUCUUGCCCUGACCGGGCUGCUCGUGGCCGCCUGCAUGCCCGAGCGCAGCGUCGUGCCGCCCUACUACAAGGACAUGGCGCGGGUCGACGCCGCCGUCGACGCACCGUCCGCGCAGCAGAUGAUUUCCAGCUACCGCCAGUCGAACGGCGCGGGAUCGCUGACCAUCGAUCCGGCCCUGAUGCGCGCCGCGCAGGCGCAGGCCGCCGCCAUGGCCCGGGCCGGCGACGUGAAGGCGUCGCUGUCCGCCGGAAACGGCCUUGCCGCCCGGCUCGGGGCCGUCGGCGAAACCAACACCUAUGCGGUGGAAAAUGUCAGCGCCGGCUACCGGACGUUGGCCGAGGCCUUUUCCGGCUGGCGCGAUUCGCCCAAGCACAACGCCGUCAUGCUCGACGACAGGGCGACGCGAAUGGGCAUCGCCACGGCCUAUGCAUCGGGCUCCAAGCACAAGGUGUUCUGGUCGCUGGUGCUGGCCGCCCCGCCCACGGUGCCUGCCACCUGCAACAUUGCCGAGCUUGCCUGCGGCCGUUUCGCGGUGCGCGAGCCGGAGCGGAUCGCGCUGCUGCACCGGCGGGCGGACGGGGAGACGGAGCGCUGGAGCUACGGCGCGCUGCAGGCGGCCUCCGGCCGCUUCGCCAAUGCGCUGGCGGCCAAGGGCGUGACCCGGGGCGAGCGGGUGGCGCUGCUGCUGCCGCAAGCUCCCGAGACGCUGAUCGCGCAUCUUGCCAUCUACCGGAUGGGCGCCAUCGCGGUGCCAUUGGCCAGCCUCUUCGGCGCCGAGGCGCUGCGCUACCGGCUGGAGCAUUCGGGCGCGGCGGCGAUCGUCACCGACGCGGCCGGGCUUGCCAAGCUCGAGGCGCUGGGCGAUGCCUUGCCGGAGCUGCGCCUGCGCAUCGUCACGGGUGAGGUGGCGGGCGCGCUGCCGGAAGGCACGUCUGGCUUCGACGCGCUCCUUGCGGCAGCCCGCGAGGAUUUCGAGACACUGGCGACCGGUCCCGACGAUCCG